GGGAAUAGCAGAUUUGGCGUGCGGGUUCGCCCAGACAGGGGUCCAGUUUUAUAUUUUCCGGGCACUUGCUGGGGUGGGGACCGGAGGCAUCCAGGCGAUGACGAUGGUGCUAAUUAGCGACAUUGUGACGUUGAAGCAGCGGGGGAACUACCAGGGAAUUUUGGGUGCCAAUGUCGGGUUGGGCAAUGCAUGCGGCCCGUUCUUGAUGUCUGCGUUUGUGCUGAGCUCGUCCUGGAGAAAUUUCUACCAUAUGCUUCCAGGGCUUGUGGCGAUCCAGAUGGCCACCACCUAUUUCUUCGUGGAGGACCGCAAAAAGCACUUGGACUCAGUGUUGACCAAAAAAGAGAAGUUCAUGAAGGUUGACUACAUCGGGAUGUUUUUCAGCACUGCGGGCUUGACGUUGAUCUUGGUACCAUUAAACGGCGGGGGCUCCACCUAUAGUUGGAACAGUGUGUUGGUGAUCGUGAUGUUUGUGGUAGGAGGGCUUUGCUCCGUGGCGUUUAUUGUCGUCGAGUGGAAAAUCCCCAAGUUGCCCAUGAUUCCCUUGAAUUUAUUCCAGUCGACUCUGUUGAACCUCAUCUUCUCAUCCAACUUCUUUUAUGGAUUGAUUUACUUUUCGUUCCAGUACUAUCUUCCGUACUACUUCCAGAUUGUGUUGGGGAAAACCGAAAUGCAGUCGGCGGUGUUGCAGGUGGGGAUGGUGUUAAUCCAAGCGUUGAUGUCGACAAUUGCCGGCCAGAUCAUCUCACGAAGCGGCCACUAUAAGUACGUGAUAUGUGGAGGAUAUGGUCUGUGGUUGCUUGGGCUUGGGUUGCUUAUGCUCUUUGAUAUCAACACUCCAGAUGGGGAGAUUGUGGGGAUUUUGUUGGUGAUUGGAUGUGGGGUGGGAUGGACGUUUCAGCCAUCGGUGGUGGCAGCACAGGCCCAGUCGAGAAAAGCCGACCGGGCAGUGGUAAUUUCCACCCGUAAUGUUGUACGGUGUCUCGGAGGCGCCAUUGGUACUGCUGUUGCCUCGUUGAUUGUCACCAACACAGUGAUGGCAGAGAUCAAUAAGGCUUUUAGUAACCCCGACAAUUACGACAAUAUUUCAGUUGGCUAUCUCACUUACUUGAAGGAACAUAUCUAUAACAAGAUUCUGGUACAAGGAUUGACGGAUGGUCAGGUGACGGUGGUGAAGAAGAUGUACAUGAAGGCGAUUCGAAACUACUUUUAUAUGACGAUUCCCCUCAUGGGUUUUUGCUUCAUCAGUGCAUUUUUUGUAAAAGACAGAGGUUUGAGGUGUAUUGACGAGGUGAUCGAGAAGGAGGAGAAGGAGAGUGAGGUGUAAAGGUGUUAUUUAUAUAAUAGAGAUACAUAGACUAAUAUGAUUUGAGACUACAGACAUUAGUGACUUUAUUUGGAGUCAUACAAACAUGGAGAAUUAGUGCAUCCAGUGCACUUGGUCUUCAUACAUGGAACCGGUCCAUAAACCCGCUGACAUCCAAACCCAACCCAUCUAAAGCUGCUCCCACGUUAUCCAAGAUAUUUUCAUCCCCACCAUACCCCAAGUUCUCAUUCAAAUAGUCCAAGUAGCUGCUGUCAAUCUCAAUACCAUGUUCUUUCAUCACCCUCUUGGCCUUUUUCUGGAACUUUUUGCCCUUAUCCACCUUUGGUUUUUUGGUCUUCGUCUUCGUCUUCUUCUCAGGUUCAGAAUCUCCAAACAGACUAAAAAGAUUGCUGAACAUAGCCUGGUUCAUCUUGGCACCCACGAACUCUUGGAUCGCUUCUCCAUUAUACUCUUGAAUCGCUUGCUGCAAAAAAGGAAUAUCCUGACUAAAGAAGCGUUCUCCUCUAAGAUACGCCGCCAACCCAACGAUGAUGGUGAUCAAAAGCAAAAACAUCUUGACCAUGAAAACCACCAUGUUGAGCCAUGAGGUGAUGAUUCUUUUGGUAAAUCGGUAGCUGACAUAGAGUCCCACCAAUGCCAAAAUUGGUUGUGUUAUCUGUGGGUACUCAGCAUUCGAAUACUGAACUAUGGUGAUGGUGUUGCUGAUCACAAAGAUAGUCGUGGUCAUUAGAAUCGAUGCCACUCGUACGAGCAUCUCAACAAUAGUGGUAGACAUUGCGAUUAGGUGUGUGUUUUGAGUGAGUUUUGGUGGAUUGAGAAUGAUCUGUGCGCGUGAACAUCAUUAGCGAAGGAGAAGAGAAGAAUUGAUAGAAUUAUAUAGGUUUCCAGAUAGUUGCAAGCGAUAAGAAAGCUAUCAGUUCUAUUCUAUGGUGAAUAUGGUACUAAGAUCUACAAAAUCCAAGAUUUUUGAGCUAUUUCGUGAAACAUGGCC